UUGAGCAAGGAAGACACAGACUCUUACCCAUCGAGCAGAUCACAGCUGCUAGCCAAAAUUAAUACUCGCCACUUCCUCAUGAUGGAAAAACAGAAGGCAGUUCUUGAGAAGGCGGCACAGAUCUUCCACAUCAGGCACCUGCUUCUCCAGCAGGGCCUGGCAGAGUGCCUGGGGACCCUGGUUCUGGUGACGUUUGGCUGCGGCUCGGUGGCCCAGAUGCUUCUCAGCGGAGGUUCCCACGGCGCGUUCCUCACCGUCAACCUGGCCUUUGGGUUCGCCGCCACGCUGGGGAUCCUCAUCAGUGGACAGGUGUCAGGUGGUCACCUGAACCCGGCCGUGACCUUUGCCCUCUGUCUCCUGGGGAAGGAGCCAUGGAGGAAGUUCCCGGUCUACUUCCUCUUCCAGACGUUGGGGGCCUUCCUGGGCGCCGGAAUCAUAUUUGGCAUGUAUUCUGAUGCGCUGUGGGACUACGGCCAGGGGACGCUGUCUGUGGACGGGACCAACGCCACGGCGGGGAUCUUCGCUACGUAUCCCUCCCCACAUCUCAGCCUGCUCAACGGAUUCUUCGACCAGCUGAUCGGAACGGCCACAUUAAUUGUGUGUAUCCUGGCCAUCGUGGACCCCCACAACACCCCGGUCCCGGCGGGUCUGGAGGCCUUCACGGUGGGGCUGGUGGUGCUGGUGAUCGGCCUCUCCAUGGGCUUCAACUCGGGCUACGCCGUGAACCCCGCCCGGGACCUGGGGCCGCGCCUCUUCACCGCGCUGGCGGGCUGGGGCAGCGGGGUGUUCACAGUGAAGGGCUACUGGUUCUUGGUGCCCCUGUUCGCCCCGUUCCUAGGGGCGGUGGUGGGGGUGGUGGUGUACCAGCUGAUGGUGGGCUACAACGUGGAAGGAGAGGCACGCAUCCAGAGAAGACGAGAGGAAGAGGAAAGCCUAAAAUAUGCAACUAUAACCACCAUCAAUGAAGAGGCAUAAGAAUCCUUUGUGUUGUGUGUUGCCAGCAUUUAAAUAUUUUAUGUUAUAUUUUUUAAAAGGUGAAAGGUAAAGGUUUUAAGUCUCCUACAUAUUAUUGAUUGUCUUACAGUAUGUUUGAUAUAUUGAUUGAAACAAAAAACAUUCUAUAGAUUGGCAGAUUUAUCCACUGUCGUAUUUUCGAUUAUUGUCGCCUAUAUUAUAAACACUGCCAAUUCUUUUUAUAGGAAUUCUAUAUUAUUUGUAUGCGAGGAACUUGCUGAGAUAUACUGAGUUCAAAAAUAUAUUGUUAUCAAAAUAAAAUGGAGCUGUCUCUCCAAAUCCUGAAACUCGCGGCAUAACGACAAAUAA